AGAAGGGGAGGGCACUGGUAACAGUGUGACUGGGCAUCUGCACGUUUCAUAUCUGGACUUAAACUCAGAAGGAAUGACUCUUCAGCCAACAAGCUUCCCAGUCAACUUCACCACAGCUAUAUAUGGUGACAAAAACAACACCAAUGGCAGUGACUGUCCUGAUGAGGAUUGGCAUUGGCUGAACACCAAACAAACAGCGUACAUCAUAGUUGUCAUUGUGCUCGGGAUUUUGGGAAAUGUGUUUGUCCUGUUGGUUUUCUGCCUCCACAAGAAGGCCUGCACAGUGGCUGAGAUCUACCUGAGCAACCUGGCUGCUGCUGACCUCAUCCUGGUGUCCAGCUUGCCCUUCUGGGCCGUCAACGUAGCCAAUGGAUUCAACUGGUCCUUUGGUCUCUUCAUGUGCCGACUGGUGAACCUGGGCAUCAAGAUGAACAUCUACUGCAGUAUCUAUUUCCUGGUUCUGGUGAGCAUAGAUCGGUAUGUGGCAUUAGUGCAUACAAUGACCCAUGGCAGAAUGCGCAGGCCGAAAUAUGCCAAGAUGGCCUGUCUACUGGUGUGGGGCUUUGGCCUGCUUCUGAGCUUUCCCACAUUCAUAUUCAGGACUAUUGACUACUUCCCUGACUUCGAGAUUAAUGCCUGCUACCUUAACUACCCAAACAAGACAACCGAGCUGGCCUUUGAUGGCAUGCUGACCAUUUUUGGCUUCAUCAUCCCUGUCUCCAUCAUUUCCUGCUGUACCGUCAAGAUUAUUCAGGCUCUGAAGAACCAGGCAACAGAGAGGUUCAAUGCCGAGAACACAGAGAGGAAGGCCACCCUUCUGGUGCUGGCAGUCCUCUUGGCCUUCCUGAUCUGCUGGGUCCCCUUCCACCUGGUCACCGCCCUGGAUAUACUUGUGAGAGCUAAAGUCCUUCAGGGGUGCCGCCUCAGCUCAAUUCUGGAGAUCUGCAACCAGGUCUUCGGCUACCUAGCCUUCUUCAACAGCGUGCUCAACCCCAUCCUCUAUGUCAUUGUGGGGAAGAACUUCCGGAAAAAAGUUAGGGAACUGUUUGUGCAGCUGUCCACGAAGAGACUGGUGAUCUCUGACUCUGCACGCUCACACCUGUCCUCUGCAACACUCAAGACCUUGGCAUGAACAAAUGUUGGGAAAACUAAUUAGAAUCAGAACAUUUCAUUUUAGGGUUACACCUUGAUCUUCAUGUUACGAUGCCUCUGGUGGGCAAUCACUUAA